GUCAAACCCUCCAGAUGACCAACCAUCGGGAGGCACUUACAAGGUUUCCAUGAAGCGAGAACUGGGUUUGAUCAACGGUAUCUCUAUUGUUGUUGGCACAAUCAUUGGCUCCGGAAUUUUUGUGACACCUAAAGGAGUAUUGGAAUCAUCCGGAUCCUCCGUAGGCGUCGCCUUACUCGUAUGGACCGCAAGUGGUGUCAUAUCAUUGUUAGGCGCCCUUUGCUUCGCAGAGUUGGGAACAACAAUCACCCAAAGUGGUGGGGACUAUGCUUACAUCAAGGCAGCAUUUGGUGAUCUACCUGCAUUUUUACAACUAUGGGUCAACUUGGUAAUCAUCCGUCCUACGGCGCAAGCGAUCGUGGCACUAACAUUCGCGAAUUAUGCCGUGCAACCGAUUUUCCCGACUUGUGAGCCUCCUGUCCUGGCCGUUCAGUUCUUGGCCGUUAGUUGCAUCAGACACACCGAGAAUUUCGAGGAUGCGUUCAUCACACAGAAAACGCUUACUGCUACUGACAUUGCAUUGGCACUUUACUCGGGAUUGUUUUCGUAUGCUGGCUGGAACUUUUUAAAUAUGAUCACAGAAGAACUGCAAGACCCAUCGAAAAAUCUACCUCGCGCUAUCUAUAUCAGCAUGACCAUCGUAACAGUGGUAUACGUGAUGUCAAAUGUAGCAUAUUUCACUCUACUUCGACCGUAUGAAAUCUUGGCCUCGAAUGCCGUGGCCGUGACCUUUGCAGAUCGUAUCUACGGUUACUUUUCUUGGAUAAUACCCGUUUUUGUAUCACUCUCCUGUUUUGGCGGUGUCAACGGACUUCUAUUCACUUCUGGCAGGUUGAAUUUUGUGGCAGCUCGCGAAGGACAAUUACCCCCGUUAUUGGCAAUGAUUCACGUGCAACGGUUGACGCCCGUCCCUGCGAUUUUAUUCACAUCGUUCCUGAGUUUAAUUAUGCUAAUUUUGCCUGAUCUCUCAGCUUUAAUAAACUACCUCUCCUUUGUACAAUGGCUGUCUGUUGCUGCGAGCAUUCUGGGCAUGCUGCAGCUUCGUCGCAAACGUCCCGAUCUCGCACGACCGAUUAGACUUCCUGCAGUCAUUCCCAUCAGCUUUAUUUGCGUCUGCUGCUUUUUGCUUAUCGUGCCAUUGAUUGCAAAGCCUAAUGAAGUGGGUAUUGGUCUAGUCAUAGUCCUUUCUGGAAUUCCCGUCUACCUGAUAGGAGUGGUGUGGCGAUCAAAGCCGCAGUUUUUCCUUACAUUUUAUGAAUCGGUUAUGAUAAAUUGCCAGAAACUCAUGCAUGUCGUCUCUGCUGACUAAUUCUCAGGCGUUUGGCUCAUGGAUAUGGAUAACCUGUUUGUGUUCAUCUGCGUUUUUAUCAUGCUUGCUUCAAAAUCACUGACUGGUGAACUGAAAUUUGCAAGUUCAAAAAUAUCCUGGUUUUGUGAAACAAUGUUUCUAGUUACGUACUGCGUAUAUAUCUUUCCCGCUAUAAUUGUUGUCCACACCAAUUUCUUUUGGUGUGACGUGAUUUGUAUUUCCUGCGAACAUUUUGAUACCACCAAGUUCUUG